UCUGAUUUAUGAUCUGUAAGAAAAUAGGUAUGACAUCUUGACAAGGGUAAGAAUGGAGGAUUGUUCUGAAGUGGCUGCAUAUGUUAAGAAAGACAAUGAAGCAAAUCCAAAGAAGAAGCAACGUCGAGGUUUAUUCUCUCGAGUGUGGAAAGGAAUGUUCAAACUACAUAGUGAUGAUAUUGGAAAGAGGUUGAAACAUAUUUCCAAGGAAGAAGCUGCUGCUCUUUCUAGAAUAAGGAGAAGAUAUCGGACAUGGAGAAGAAUCGCAAGAUACAUAAUAGUUUUCUCCGUCAUUUUUGAGGCAAUUGCAGUGGGAUAUGCUAUCAUGACAACAAGGUCCAUGGAGUUGAAUUGGCAAAUUAGAGCAUUUCAUGUCCUGCCAAUGUUUCUUUUGCCCAUUUUCUCUUCUCUUAUGUAUACCAGCAUAGCUAAAUUCAUACACAUUUGUGAUCAAAAAGACCAGAAAACUGUAGAAAGGCUCAGGACAGAGAGGCAAGAAAAGGUUGAUGAGCUUAAAGAGAAGUCAAAUUACUAUUCUACCCAACAGCUAAUUCAGAGAUACGACACAGAUCCAGCUGCAAAAGCAGCUGCAGCGGCGGUCCUUGCGUCAAAGUUGGCUAUAGAAUCUGGAUUGAAAGUGAGUUUGGGUGAUGAGAUGGAUGAUAGUAUUAAUAAUAAUAUGUUAGGAAAGAGCAAUAGCGUAGAAUUAGUACAAACCAGUGGUCUUCGAAACAGGAAAUCAAUCCCAAACAGAUCCUUUAGUGCCGAUUGCACAUUAUUGCUUCAAAACAAUAUUAAUAACCCGGAGGAGGGUCAUGAUUAUGGUCAUGGUCAUGAUCAAGAUCAUGAUCAUUAUCACGAUCAGGAUCAAGAGCUUUUGGAGAAUAAUUUCCACCACCAUUAUUUGGGUGGUGAUGAUAAGGAAUCUGGAUCAUAUAGUCCUCCGAAUCAUAUUGUGGGUGAAAAUUCGGUGAAAAGUGUAUAUGAUGCGGGUUGGAUAGCUCGAAUUGCGGCAUUAAUUGUUGGAGAAGAUCCAAGACAAUCUUAUGCACUUAUAUGUACCAAUUGCCAUAUGCACAAUGGGCUUACAAGGAAAGAAGAUUUCCCAUACGUGACUUACUAUUGCCCACAUUGCAAUGCUUUAAAUAGAUCUAAGCAUCUCGAUGGUUUCUCUUCUGUUGACUCUCCCAAUAUGUCUUCUUCCUCUUUCGCUGUUAGCCCCAGACAUAAUGAUUCUUUGGCUGAGCUGCAACCUGUUAGCAGUGGCGAGGAACAACCUCCUUCUGCUGAUCACGAGCCACCGGAUUCUACUCCUGCUGCUGCUGCUUCUUCCGGAGAGACUAUUACGUUGCCUGAAUCAGAUGAUACACAACCUAACGGCUGA